AGAAUCUCAAUUAUUACCUUCAAAACAGAAUAUGCCUGAUCCAUCGUCUACACCGAAUCGGACCCGUGAAAUUGAAAGUCGAUCAAGAAUUAUUUCCGAACGAAUAUGUGAAAGCGUGCGACUACUGGACAACGAACCGUCUCUUGCGCUGUACAGACUUCAAGAACAUACGGUCAGAAGCUUACCAGGACUCGUGAACCGAAGAAUAAUGCUCACUCAACAGUCAGCAACACUUUCUGGAGCUCAAUUCGAUCUGGAAAACACGCUAAGCACAACGACAAGCAUGCAAAAUGCGACGUCAGCAUUUGACAACUGUAUCGAAUUGCUCAGAAAUUGCAUGUUCUAUAAGCAACAAUUGGAUUUCGAUUCAACACGAAAAGCCACGUCAUCAGCGGAAUCUUCAACUGUAAAAGGACGGAGCAAGUCGUUGCACAAUGUGGCAACGCGUGUACACUCUACAGAAGCCUCAACUUCAAAUGAUGCAUAAUAAAUUUAAUAGUUAAAAUUUAUUUUGAUACGUGCUACUUUAUUGAUCUCUUUGUAUUUAUUUGAAAUUUCUAUCUGAAAAUUGUAAUAAAAC